UGAAGCACCCUCCACCUUUCUUUUCCAUAGUACUCCCUUCUUUCUCUCCAUUCUUCUUCACCCAAAAAAUAAAUAAAUACCCAAAGCCAAAGAGCAAUUUUCAAAACCAAAGUCACUAUGCCAAAUAUGCUUCUAAUUCAAUCACUAGCCUUAGCUAUUAUUAUUACUAUUAUUUCUGCAGAAACUGUUAAAGCAGAGCUUAUAGUACAAAAUAAUUUUAGUGAUAUUCUUAACUUGAGAAUAAGCAGAGAAUUAAAGAGUAGUUGCAAUUUGUAUCAAGGACAAUGGGUUAUUGACCCUUCAUUCCCUCUUUACCAAUCUUCAAACUGCCCUUUUAUUGAUCCAGAAUUUGAUUGCCAAAAAUAUGGAAGACCUGAUAAAGAGUACCUCAGAUAUGCUUGGAAGCCAGAUUCUUGCAAUUUGCCCAGAUUUGAUGGAAUGGAUUUUUUGAAAAGAUGGACAGGGAAGAAAAUAAUGUUUGUUGGUGAUUCAUUGAGUUUAAACAUGUGGGAAUCUUUGGCUUGUAUGUUACAUGCGUCUGUGCCAAGUGCUACUACAUCUUUUACCAGAAAAGAAGGAGUUUCUUCUGUGACCUUUCAGGAUUAUGGAGUAACUUUAUUCCUUUAUCGAACCCCAUAUCUGGUGGAUAUAGUAAGAGAGAAAAUUGGCAGAGUGUUGAAAUUGGAUUCUAUUCAACAAGGUGAUGCUUGGAAAGGAAUGGAUAUGCUGAUUUUCAACUCUUGGCAUUGGUGGACUCACAAGGGCAAAUCUCAAGGAUGGGACUAUAUGCAAGAAGGCACUAAAGUGUCCAAAGAUAUGGACCGUCUGAUGGCAUUUUACAAAGGCCUAACAACUUGGGCAAGAUGGGUCGAUCAAAAUGUUGAUUCUUCCAAAACCAAAGUCUUCUUCCAAGGCAUUUCUCCCACUCAUUAUAUGGGCAAAGAAUGGGGUUCAUCAACAAGAAGUUGCAAUUCAGAGCAAGUGCCACUAUCAGGAUCAACAUAUCCAGCAGGUUUACCAGCAUCUACUGUUGUUGUUAACAAAGUAAUAAGUAGGAUUAAGACACAAGUUUAUCUCCUUGACAUCACAUUAUUGUCACAAUUAAGGAAAGAUGCUCAUCCAUCAGCUUAUAGUGGUCAGCACCCUGGUAAUGAUUGUAGCCAUUGGUGCCUUCCUGGUCUACCAGACACUUGGAACCAACUUCUUUAUGCAUCAUUGAUUAUGUGAGCAUAAAAUAGAAUUUAACUUAUAUAUAUUGUCGGCGUAAAGAAAUUUUUACACUAUCAGGUCAUGUAGAAGGAUAUGUACGGAUAACCGUUCGUGAAAAAGUGGAAUUUGUAAUAUCGAAAAUAAGACAAGUUACCGACUUGAACCUAUAUGUGUUGUUCACACUCUUCAAAUCGUCGGUGGGUACGCGUCGGAUCCUCCAAAAGUAGUUUAUUUUUGGAGAAUUUGGCACAGUUACGGCAACAUUUUUGGAGAUCCAAGUAACAUAGGCUAGAACAAGUAAAUGUGACCUGAUAGUGUAAAAAUUAUUUACAUCGUCAAUGGAUAUUAGUUAAACUCUAUAAAAUUAUCGCUUUUAUUCCAGUCCACUUAAUAGUUGGAACCAGGUUCCUUUAUGCAAUGAGUACCUUUCUAGACAUCUUAAUAAAUGGAACGAAGGUUUCUUUAUGCGCAA